GACAUGGAAAUGGGGAGAGAGAGAGAGGAAGUUCUCGUGAAGCAGGGGAUCUGAUCUUCCUUUUCAUGUCGAAUUCAUCUUCUUCUUCCCAUUUUUUUUAUUCUUCCUCUGUAACUUCUCUUUUGGGUUGAUCUUGUAGUUUCAUCUCACCCGAUAAAAAUUCGAUCUUUUUUUUUUGUAAUAUCAAACAUUGCUCCUGCAUUUCCGUGAAGAAUCAGAGGCAGGGGAGGAGGAGAAGAGGAAGAAGAAGAAGAUGAGAGUGGACAUGGGUACGAUACAGCAAACGCUAACGCCGGACGCGGCGAGCGUUCUGAACCAAUCCAUAUCAGAGGCGGCGCGUAGAAACCACGGCCAAACCACGCCUCUCCACGUGGCUGCCCGUGCCGCCACUCUCCUCUCGUCGUCCUCUGGGUUUCUCCGGCAAGCCUGCAUCAAAUCCCACCCGAACUCCUCACACCCUCUCCAGUGCCGAGCCCUCGAGCUCUGCUUCAGCGUCGCCCUCGAACGCCUCCCGACCGCCGAAACCGCAGACGCAGACGCAAACGAGGCGAAACCGCCGCUGUCAAACGCCCUUAUGGCGGCUCUGAAACGCGCUCAGGCCCACCAGCGGCGUGGUUGCCCCGAGCAGCAGCAGCAGCCGCUUUUGGCCGUGAAAGUGGAGCUCGAACAGCUCAUCAUUUCGAUUCUCGACGACCCGAGUGUGAGUCGGGUCAUGCGUGAGGCCAGUUUCUCGAGUCCCACCGUCAAAUCUGCGAUCGAACAGUCUCUGGGUGGUUCGAACUCAUCCGGGUCUCCCGGACCCGUUAACCCGGCAUCCAUUGGGUUCGGAUACCGACCCGUGCCCGGUCCUGUCAACCGGAAUCUCUACCUCAACCCUCGGUUACAUCAACCAGAUGUGGCGCAGACAGGGUUGCAGAGGACUGAUGAAGCGAAACGGGUCGUGGACAUCAUGGUUCGGACCCGGAAGAGAAACCCGGUUCUUGUCGGUGAAUCGAUGCCCCAGAUUCUGGUGAAAGAGAUUUUAGGGAAGAUCGAGAGCGGAGAAAUCUCCGCCGGGACGCUGCGAAAUUCUCAGGUGAUACGCGUCGAAAAGGAGAUAGCUUCGGAGAAGGCACAAAUGACGACUAGGGUUAAGGAAAUCUCCGGGUUGGUGGAGACCCGGAUGGAGAAUUCGGAUCUGGGUCGUGUCGUUCUCGAUCUGGGUGACUUGAAAUGGUUGGUGGAGCAGCAGCAGGCGUCGAACGCCGCCGCCGGCAGCGGUGCUGUGGCGGAGAUGGGGCGGCUUCUGGAUAGAUACAGAGGAAGGCUAUGGUUAAUCGGAACAGCAACUUGCGAGACUUACCUUCGAUGUCAAGUCUAUUAUCCGUCAAUGGAGAAUGACUGGGAUAUUCAAGCCAUUCCGAUCACCGCCAAAUCGCCUCCAGCGGGGAUUUUCCCAAGGCUUGUCAGCAACAACAAUGCGAUGUUGUUGAGCAGUCCGAUUGAAUCUAUAUCUCAGGCCAGAAGUCUACAUAUCCCUGCCGUGACAUUGCCGUCUAGACGUGUACACGAAAGCUCGGAUUCCGGUGGAGGAAUGAGGUGUUGUCCUCAGUGUCUCCAGAAUUACAAAAACAACAUUGCCAAUCUCGAAACCUCCUCCUCGGACAGAACCCUUUUGCCGCAAUGGCUGCAGAAUGCUGAAGCCGGUGGCUUAGCUAAAUCUAACGUCAGUGACAAGAAACUGACAAAGGAUCAAGAACUGGUGGAGUUGCAGAAGAAAUGGAACGAGGCUUGUUUGCGUUUACACCCUAAUUACCAUUGGACUGUGUCUGAAACAAUUGUUCCAUCGUCUGUUUCUCUGUUGAAGCUUCAGAGCUGUAGAAACCCUAGUGCUAGCACACUUCAAUUGAACUCUUGUUCAGACAGAAGUCGGCCGGGGAGUCCCGUCGGGACAGAUCUGGUUCUUGGCCGACCCAAUAGAGAUCUGUCCUCACCAGAGAAGACCCGAGAAUCGCACAUUGAUGGAGUACUUGGAAACGGUUCUGAAAAACUGGGAGAGUCAUUUGACAUCGACUCGUUUAAGAAGCUCCGUAAAGGCUUAGCAGAGACGGUCUGGUGGCAGCAUGAUGCAGCUUCUGCAGUGGCUGGGACCAUCACACAAUUCAAACACGGAAACGGGAAAUCACGGGGAAUUUCAUCUAAGGGCGAUGUCUGGUUCUUGUUCACAGGCCCGGAUAGAAUCGGAAAGAGGAAGAUGGCGUCUGCUUUGUCAGAUCUCGUCUCGAGAGCUCAGCCUACAACUAUCAGCCUUGGCAAGAGGAGAGAUGAUGAGCAUUCCAGUCUUAGUCUCCGUGGUAAGACAGCACUGGAUAGGGUUACAGAUGUAGUAAGAAAAAACCCGUUCGCAGUUAUCGUCAUCGAAGACAUCGAUGAAGCAGAUUCGAUUCUCCGGGACAACUUAAAGCUAGCAAUGGAACGAGGCAGAAUCUCUGAUUCUCAUGGCCGAGAGGUUAGUCUCGGGAAUGUAAUAGUCAUCCUUACCAUGAACUGGUCGCCGGGAAAUGAAGAAAGCUUGUCCCAAAGCUUCGAUCCAAUCGACGAGACAAACCUCGAGAGCUUGAUAAGCAAAGGGUGGCAGCUAAGAUUCUCGGUUCGGAACAAAACCCGAAAGCGGAUGCCCAGUUGGCUUUACAAUGAUGAUCAAGAAAGAGCUGCCCGGCAAAGGAAAGAGAUAUCUUUUGAUCUGAACGAAAUGGCUAAGGUCGAUGAAGACAAAGCAAACAGGUCACCGACAAAUUCGAGCGACGUUACUACCGAUCAUGAUCAAGAAGAUAACAUUGGCCUCAUCCACAAGCUGCUAUCACCUCCACAGAGUGCUAAGAGUGUAUACCGCGAGCUCAGAGCCAUUGCAGAUGAUGUCAUAUUUUUCAGGCCAGUGGAUUUCGGUCUGAUCAAGAGCAAAACCUCGGAUUCCUUGAAUAAACGAUUCUGUAGGGUUCUCGGGUUCAGAUCAAAGCUGGAAAUAAACGACGACGCACUCGAGAGAAUUGCGGGCUCGAUCUGGCUCGGCAAGAUUAGCUUAGAAGAAUGGAUGGAUGAGACGAUGAUUUCGAGCCUGAAUCAGAUGAAACACCGUGUUUCUUCGGGUUCUGUUGACGUUGAUGAUGAAGUGGUUGUCUUUAAACUCGAACUUGACGAUGAUUUAAGCGAUCGAGUCUCUGGAUGUUAUCUCCCGGGUAGUAUUAGAACGCCUGUGGAUUGAUUUCCCGGUGAGGGGUAGAAUCGGUAUUUUGGCGAUUUUAGGAGGGUAUAAUGUAAAUAUGCCUCCAACUGUUUUUGGCGCGGGCAGGGAAGCAGUAAAAAAAGGUUAAAAAAACGGUUGCCGACAAGGAGGCGUAGAUUAACGGUAACCUUUUCGGAUCAGCGGCUGAGAAUGUCUUGGCCAUUCUUUUUGGCAUUUUCUCUAUAUCUAUAUUCUCCUUGUUAAAAUAGCAUAGCGUCAAACAUAAUAUAUUUCACUAUCAAUAAAAAAAUGGUAAUAAAAUCA